ACUGCUUCGGUUUUCAAAGUUCGCGAUCGCCAAUUGUUCUUUGUUCAUCUCUUUUACUUUCCUUAUGUCUCUCUUCACUCGCUGGCUCGGAAAGAAUGAUCCAGAAGACUACGAGCAGGUGCUAUCGUCACUCGCCCUAGACAUCCAAAAACGACAGACGCGCCUUUCCGAGAUCCGUCUUCGAGAACGUCGUUCUACUUUACUAGUGACACUAUACACGCUGGCUAUAUGGGCGUUGUAUGUAAGCCUCUGGUAUAUGGGAGUUCUGUCUGCUCCAAGUGGACCUCAGGAGAAGGCCCUGAAAGGCAUACCAGUGAUCUUGGGCCCCAUAAUUAUACUAUUUACUCGGCGGAUUGUCCAGUUGUGGUAUAAUCAGAAGGGAAACGCUGAAGAGAAGACACUGAAAAAUGCUCUCCAGAAGCAGCGUGUCAAGAUCGAGGAAAUAAAGAAGAAGACGAACUACUAUUCUACUCGCAAUUUAAUCGAGAAAUACGAUGAUGCUGCAUCCCCUAUGCGCCGUCGCAAUGGCCCCCAGCCUCCGUCUACGCCCAUAUCGACAACACCUCAAACUCUUCCGAAACAACCGCUUCCGAACGCACCAACGCAAUCACCAAAUCCUUUGUUGCAGAGCCAGUUGUCCCCAAGCCCUCAGCCCGUGUUCACCCCGCGGAAACAGUGGUACGAUAAACUUGCGGACGCUAUUUUGGGAGACGACGAACAAUCAGCAACGUUUGCUGCAUCCCGUUACGCACUGAUUUGUGAAAAGUGUUUCCACCACAAUGGUCUCGUUAAGGAAAGCUUGUGGCAAGACACUCAAUACGUCUGCCCCAAGUGUGGCCACUUCAACGCCUCUGCCCGCUCAAAACGGGAAGGUUUGUCACGUACACCAUCGCCGACGUCUUCCCCUGUUGGACAAUCCCCACCACAAGACCCGAGCAGGUUGAAAGCGCCAAGACGAUCUGUUGGCUCGCGAAACGUUUCGCCUGGUAAUAGUCCGGAUAGUAAUGGUCGUUUAACAACGUCCCAUGGUGAUGUCUCCGUGGAGGAAGAGGUGGAUGGCACGAGUACCAUGAGCAUGGAGGUUGAUCAGUAGUAGAGUCGUGGAUAUUUGUCUGGUUUACAUACUAUAGUUUUGAGCACUUUGUGGGUACCGUGCCUACGCAAUUUGACACUAUGCAUUCGUUCCUUACAAUUGGGC